AUGGCCAAAACCUCUGCAGCAUCAAGAGUAUUCUCAAUUUCCGAGCUUCUCCACGACAUUUUAUCUUAUCUUCCACAGUCUUGCCUAUUAGUUACAGUACCACUCGUCUGUAAAGAUUGGGCCACAGCCCUCACCUCACCGGGUCUUGAAAGAGCUCUAUGGUUUCGACCUGCGACACAUAAUGGGCCCUCGACAUGGUCAAGUCUGCUAGAAAAACAGUUCGGUAUAUUCUUUGACUUCAGUCUUCUAUCAAAUGGCCACGUACUCGACUCAUCCGCAUUUGAUGCACUACCUUGGAAGCAGAAUCUCGACGCAUUCAAGAGAGCAGAUGCAAGUUGGCGUGAUAUGCUCGUAUUCCAACCACCCUGCUACCACUUUGCGAUAGAGAGGAUUAAGCAUGAUCGAGGUGGACUUAUGCACGAGACAGUUACUCUUCCCUGUCCAGAUGGCCUUAGAAUGGGGAUGGUCUGGGAUAUCGCCCAAGAAUGGUGCUUACGACGGAAACAUUGGAUACAAAUGACUGGUCCCGAGGUUGAGAAAGAGUACCGAAACCCUGAGCUUGGAUAUUCUGAACGAAUGGUUCCAAAGAUGAUACUACACUGGCAUAUAACUUGUCCUCGUCGAGGUUCCCAGCCCAGUUUAGAAGAUGACUGGUCGAAUGAUCAAACGCACCUAACCGUCGAAAUUGAUAUUCGAACACUUCUUGCUCGGACAAUCUCCCUAAAUCACUCGAAAAUGCUCAGAACACCAUCACCCAAAACCAGACGUCCUCGGAUGUACAAACCCUUGAAACUCUUAUCUGUACCCGAUUACCUCAAAUCACACGAAUCUUCGGGAACCGUACCCAAUGUUACCGACAACGUCCAAACUGUCCCUUCCUUGGCCGACAGACUGGAAUUAUUCUUUAGUAAAAUCCAGCACUUCGAAACUUUCUCCCGAAACUUCAAAAUGACCAAACUCCAAACCAUAAUCGAUGACCCCCUGCUAGAUCCCAAGUCUAAAAGCGACGCCCUUGAAACAGAAACUGCCCUGCAAGAAGAAGCUGCUUUACAAAAGAAGUCAGCCUCAGAAGCGGCCAGAAGAAUCGAAAACAUAUCUUCCAACCACACAUCAUUCAUCAGCCCCAAUGAUUUUGUAGGUCAUGAGCAAAGAUUCUGGGCGACAUAUUACGCCCUAGUCUCUGGUAUCCCGCUUGUCGAUCCGACCAAUAUCAAAGAGCGAAAAGAAGAUGAACCCUGGGACAUGCUUGGCGGUGUUCCUUUCGUGGGUACUUUGUCUAUUCCAAAGCCGAAACCAGGCGUAAACUCUGAAACGUUUGAGUAUGCUUUCCUCAAGCAUCGCGCAAGCAUGGCUUUGCAGAUACUCGCAAAACGGAUCUUGAAGGCCAUAUUCACCAGAUACUCCGAGUUUAAGGUAUAUUGGCAGGUAGUUAAAAAUAAUUCCGACCCGAAGAUUAUAGAGGAGUUUCAUGAUAUUUUGUUUUUCGAGCAAGACUUGAGGCUAAAUUUGAUGAAUCGAAUUUAUUUCAUUGGCACGAUCUGUCUCGAAAGGAGUGUUCUCAGUCUAGUAGGAUCGGAUUUAGGAGGCUAUUGGGAAAUAAUGUCCAAGAUUAGGACUCCGGACGUAAUGGAUAUCGAGGUUACUUCUCAAAAGAUGGACUUUGAGUGGACUUCACAGGCUGAAGUACAUCCUGAAUUUGAAAUCGCUUCGGAUACGCGUAACAGAAGAUAUUCUUCCGAGAAAUCCUCUACACACGCACAUAAGAAGAUUAAGCUUGUGAAGGUUCCAGAGGACUGUACUGUAGAUUCUUUUAGAUGA